UGUGUCCGCCUUUCUUGGGAGAGAGCAAAACGCCAGAUGUCACAUGAUUUAAACCAGUUUGGUUUCAUCUACACGAGCUGCAUUCGGUGCUCAGUUUACAUACUUAGCUGGGUCUCUUUUCCAUAACGCCUGUGUUGACAGACACCUUAGUGACAGGAAUGUAUACUUGGCGGUCGCUCUCGGCACUGUUCCUGUUAAUCCAGGGCAUGUGCCACGCACAGAGGAUGACACAAGAGAUUGUUAUGAUGCAGUACUUAGAAGGGAGAAUUAGCCAACUUGAGGACCGUCUGAUCAAGUGUGACGAGCGCGUGCAGAGCUACGAGCAGAAGCUGUACGACUUCUCCAAGGAGCUGCGGGGCAAGCUGGACGGCCUGCGCGGCUUCCAGCACGAGGUGAGGGGGCAGGUGGAGGGCGUGCUGUCGCGGGUCGGGCGGGUGGAGCGGGAGCUGGAGGACCUGGAGACCGAGCGGCUGAACCAGCCCUGCGUGGACAUUGAGGACACGCUGCUGGAGCAGCAGGUGAAGGAGGAGCAGAGGAAGCAGGAGGAGCAACUCAACUUGGGGAGAGACUGCGACACGGUGCUGACAGGCGUGAAGUCCCUGAAGAUCGUCAAGAGGGAGGGCGACGCCCAGGGGUCCUGGAUGAAGGACCCCACCAACGGCUCGGCCAAGAUAUACUUCUUCAGCGGGGUGAGGAACAGCACCCUGCUGGAGUUCUCCUCCAUGAAGGCCUUCGUCGGGGGCAACGGCUCCCAGGCGGCGCGGAGAGUCCUCCUGCCCUUUCCCUGGCAGGGCACCGGCCACGCCGUCUACAAGGGCUUCCUGUACUACCACCGGGCCGGCACGCCCAACGAGGUGCUGAAGGUGAGCCUCCGACACGGGACGGUGAGCGACCGCGCCCUGGUCCAGGGGGCGGGGCGGCUGCCCGCCUACUCGCUGUCCCCGCACACCUACCUGGACCUGGCCGUGGACGAGCUGGGCCUGUGGGCCGUCCACGCCGACCCGGACCUGGGCGGCAACCUGGUGCUGACCAAGCUGGACGAGGGGACCCUGGGGGCGGAGCACUCCUGGGACACGCCCUGCCGGAGCGUUGACGCCGAGGCGGCCUUCCUGGCGUGCGGGACGCUCCACGUGGUCUACAACUCGCGCUACGGCGGGCGCUCGGGCGUGCAGUGCCUCUACGACGUCCGCGACAGCGUCCACACCGGGGACAAGCCGCUCUACUUCCCCAAGAGCUACGCCGCCCACUCCAGCAUGCGCUACCAUCCCCGAGACGGGCUGCUCUACUCCUGGGACGAGGGCUACCAGACCGUCUACAGGCUGGAGACCAAGAGGAGGAACCAGGUCCCUUCGGUUUGACUCGUCUCCCCCCCGCCGGCGCCGUCCCCAAAAUUUGGUCCAAGUGUUCAGUGUUUUGUCGUCUUGUCCAGUAGCGAUGCUCUGCUACUUCAUUGAGAGUUAGCUGUCCCCAGGCUGGGAGACAUGGCCUUAGGUCUGUCUGGGCUCCAUGAGAAAACCAAAAUGGUUCCUGCUGCGUUCAGAAAGCAGAAAAUGUCCGCUCCAAGACGAGUCUUCACAGCACGAAUGUCAAAAGCACAAUUAAAGGCGUGGAUGCAGUUCGGGUCGUUAAGUCUCCCGGGUUAGCUGGGAAUCUCCAGGAAUUACCCUUUAGAAUUGCAACAUGGAUUUUCAGAGAUUUUGUUUGUAUGUAAACAAAACAAAAGGCAAGAGCCCCCCUCCACCCACCUCCCACUCGCUCAACCCACCUCCCACUCAUGACUUGCUGUAACAUGUAUUUUAAUAAUUGUCAACUAAACUAAACUAAACUAAACUAAACUAAACUAAACUAAACAGUCUCCACAGGACUCAAGCCCCAGGAAGGGCCCGUUUAGUGCACAUUUGGACACAUACUUUAGUGAUGACCAGUUUCACCCUUUCGUAUGUGGCACAGACUGAAUGACAAGUGCUGUGCCUAAAACCAUUGCGUAUGUAUAGUUCCACAUUGUUCAGUAUGCUGGAAAUAUGAGCGUAUUAAUUUCUGUGGGAGUGAUGUUAUUGGAAUUAUUUGCUUGCUUGCUAGCUUGCUAAAACCAUCUCUGAUGGAGCCGGUUACUGACUGGGUCGCUGUGUAGGGGUAGUCUAGUAUGUAGUAUCCAAGUAUCCAUGAAAGAGGAGAUCAGCUGGAAGGUAGGCUAGUACAGAGUAUGCUCAUUUAAACGAGCGAGUGGAUAAACUCUGGUUUGUUUUUGGCUCCUGCAGUCUUUUGAUAGGGAUCAGUCUGUGUAUUAUCUCUGAAACGGAUCAUUCAUUUGAAUGUUUUAAAUUUGUUUUUAAUUAAAUGCCGUUUUACAUAACUUCAUGGUACAGCAGUGGUCUAUACAGUAAUAACGUUGACCUGUUGUGUGGAAGAGGAACAGGAGCCAUUUAGUUUGAAUAAACGAGACUUCAUAGUUUCAUCCCACGUGAAAAAAUAAUAUGCUGAAGUAUGCCAGAUGUAAACGGAUUCGUACUUAAGUAUAAUUAAAGUUUAUAUCGAGUAUGCUUAGUAUACUAUAUUUUCACACUCUUUUUUUACCAUCAGUACUGCCUGUGGGCACAAACAGAUUAUCAUAAUAUACCAGUCUCAUCAUCAGCUAUUAAUAAAGGCUUUCUGCAAACUGA